AUGUUUAACGAAUCAUCAUCACCGAUAAAUUCAUCUUUUAAAGAAAACAAUUCUGAUACAAGUAAAAAAAGAUCCAGAUCUACAAAAGGAUUUAAUAAUGACCAGCCAGCUAAAAAAACAAAGUUUCAAGAAAAUUCACCUUCUGAUCAAAAUUUUUCAGAUAAUGAAUCACACAUUGAAUUAGAUAAUGAUUUGGAUAUUUCAACUACAUCGCACAGUCUAGAAACCAUCUUGGAAACCAAAAGCUUGGAUUGUCAACAAACCCAACAAACUAUCACACCAAAAAUUUUUGAUUCAGAUAACAUUCAACCUAUAUUGGCUGAUACUUUUCAAGAAGAAUCAACCAGGACUGUUGCUUUUGUGCCUAGUUUUAUGUCAGAGGGAGAGCCACUUGAAGUCGAAGAUGUUAUAAUAAGUCAUCAGGUUCGGCAUCAAGUUGCGAUUCCUCCUGGUUAUAAUUAUAUUCCACUUUCUAAACACGUUUCACCCGCAGAACCUGCAAGAAUAUAUCCAUUUGAAUUGGAUCCAUUUCAAAAAGUUGCAAUACACUGUAUAGAAAGAUUUGAAUCAAUUCUAGUUAGUGCACACACUUCUGCUGGAAAGACAGUUGUUGCAGAAUAUGCUAUCGCGCAAGCUUUGAAAAAUAAACAAAGAGUCAUUUAUACCACCCCAAUAAAGGCUUUAAGCAAUCAAAAAUACAGAGAAUUAGAAAAUUCUUUUGGUGACGUUGGAUUGAUAACUGGUGAUGUUACUAUUAAACCUGAUGCAAGUUGUUUAGUGAUGACUACAGAGAUUUUAUUGACUAUGCUCUAUCGUGGCAAUGAAAUGAUGCACGAAGUGUCAUGGGUAAUUUUUGAUGAGAUACAUUAUAUGAAAGAUAAAGUCCGUGGUGUAGUUUGGGAAGAAACUAUUAUUCUUUUAUCGCACCAAAUUCAUCUUGUGUUUUUAUCUGCAACAGUUCCAAACGCUAUGGAAUUUGCAGAGUGGAUAUGUAAAAUACAUGCAGAACCAUGCCAUGUUGUAUAUACUGAUUUCCGUCCAACACCUUUACAACAUUAUAUUUAUCCUUGUGUGAGUGACGGUAUUUUCAUGAUUGCAGAUGAAAAAGGAAAUUUUCACCAAGAAAAUUUUACAAAAGUAAUAGGGAUGUUGGAUGUAGGUGCUAAUACUAAUGCUGAAUAUAUUGAUUAUAAAGGAAAGAAAAAAUCAUCACCACCACAAACAAUAAAAGGCCCAUCCGAUGUUUACAAAAUAGUAAAUAUGAUUAUGCUAAAAAAAUAUGAUCCAGUGAUAUUUUUUACUUUUAGUAGAAAAGAAUGCGAGAAUUUGGCACUGCAUAUAAAUCAUUUGGAUUUAAAUAAUGAUGAAGAAAAGGAUUUAAUACAACAAGUAUUUGACAAUGCACUUAACUUAAUUCCUGAAGAUGAUCAAAAUAUACCACAAAUUGAACACAUGUUACCAUUUUUAAAGCGCGGUGUUGCAAUUCAUCAUUCAGGAUUAUUACCAUUUCUUAAAGAGGUUGUUGAAUUACUUUUCCAAGAAGGGUUAAUUAAAGUUCUUUUUGCGACUGAGACAUUCUCAAUGGGUCUUAAUAUGCCUGCUAAAACUGUUAUAUUCUCUGAUAUUAAAAAGUUUGAUGGUGAAGUUGUAAGAUAUUUAACUUCUGGUGAAUAUAUUCAAAUGUCUGGUCGAGCUGGUAGAAGAGGUCUUGAUACAAGAGGAAUUGUAAUAAUUAUGGCAAGAGAAAAAUUAGAACCAUCAGUUGUUAAAGGAAUGAUGACGGGCGAACCUGAUAAUAUAUACUCUGCAUUUCAUUUGAAAUAUAAUAUGAUCUUAAAUAUGACAAGAGUUGAAGGAAUUAGUCCUGAUUAUAUUCUCCAGAGAAGUUUCUAUCAAUUUCAAAAUACAUCAGGAUUACCAAAACUUGAUGCAGAACUUCAGAGACUAGAAAAAGAAUACAAAGAAAUUGAUAUACCUGAAGAAGAAGAAAUUAAAGAGUAUUACAAUAUUCGUUCACUAUUAGAUACAUAUACUCAUGAAAUAAGGAAUACUAUAAACCAUCCACUUAAUAUUCUGAAAUACAUGAGGCCUGGUCGUUUAGUUUGGAUAAAACAUGCAAAUACGGAUUUUGGCUGGGGUAUGAGUCCCACUGAUGAAACAAAAGAAGAAUUAAAAUCAGUGGAGGAUGAAUCAGAUUUGAAUCAAGUAGUGGUUGAAAAUUUAAUAGAAAAUUCAAAUAAUCAAGAGCUUUUUUUACCACCGGAUCAUUAUUUUGUUGAUGUAAUGUUAAAUUGUGAAUCUGAUGAAUCACAUGUUGCUAAAUCAGCAGAUGAUAAAAAAAUUACUGCAAAACCUUACAGUGGAAAUGGUUUAGGAGAGAUGAUGAUUGUUCCUGCUGAUUUUUCUACUAUUAAUUAUAUAAGUCAAAUAUGUAUCUUUCCACCCAAGGAUCUAACACACGAUGAUUGUAAAAAGACAGUAUAUAAUAGUAUAAUGGAUAUUAAAGAAAAAUUUGCUGAAGGAAUACCACUUUUAGAUCCAAUAGAGCAUAUGGGUAUUGAAGAAGAGAACUUUCAAAGACUAAUAAAAAAAAUUGAGGUUUUAGAAACAAAACUUGUGUCCAAUAAACUCCACAAUACAGAAAAACUACCUAAGCUAUAUGAACUACACUGUAAAAAGAAUGAGCUCAAACUUAAGAUAAAAUCGUUAAAAAAAACAAUUAAUAUUGCAGAAUCUAUUUUACAACUUGAUGAUCUCAGGUGCCGUAAGAGAGUUCUUCGUAGAUUAGGAUAUUUAUCAGAAAAUGAUGUUGUUACAAUUAAAGGGCGUGUUGCUUGUGAGAUUAAUGCAGGGGAUGAACUUGUAUUAACUGAAAUGUUGUUGAAUGGUGUAUUUAAUGAUUUAUCACCAGAAAUGGCUGCAGCCCUUUUAAGUUGUUUCGUAUUAGAGCGACCCAGUGAUAAGAAAUCAGGAUUUGUUAAAGAAGAAUUUUCUACAGUUUACAGUAAAUUACAAGAGGUUGCACAAAAUGUUGCUGCAGUAUCUGUUGAGUGUAACAUCCCAUUGAAUAAAGAGGAAUACCUAAGCUUGUUUCCUUCGGAUAUGAUGGAAAUUGUUUAUAACUGGUGUUGUGGAAAACCAUUUACACAAAUUAUAAAAAUGGGUGAUUCGAUUUUUGAAGGAGAAAUUGUUCGUACUUUUCGUUAUCUUGAUGAUUUAUUACGAGGAAUGAUUGCAGCAUCAAAGAGUAUCGGGAAUAGUGAAUUAGAAGAGAAAUUUAAAGAAGCCAUUGAAAAAACAAGGCGUGAAUUCAAAAUAAGAUCACAGGAAUGGCGUAAACUUAUGGAAUCUGGAAAAGUUUGGGAUAAUUGCGGAUUCUUUUAUUUCCUUGCUUAA